UUAACAUGAAAAAAUGUCUUUAUUUCCGCAACAAAGCCUGACUGAGGCCAGACUACAAACUAAAGGAGACUGUGCAUUUGAGUUUUUUGCUCUGAAACUUUGUAACUCUCUCCCUGGAGAACUAAGGACUGUUGACAGUGUGGAUACUUUCAAAAAGCGGUUAUAAACCCAUUUGUUUACACUUGCCAGGACUUUGGAUACUAGUGUACUUUUUGUUUGUUUUUAUGACUUUUUGUGUCACCAUUUUUAAUUUGAUGACUAUGAAGCUCUUUGUGACAACUGUUCUAGAAAGGUGCUAUACAAAUAAAGUUUAUUAUUAUUAUUAUUAUUAUUAUUAUUAUUAUUAUUAUUAUUAUUAUUAUUAUUAUUAAGUUUGACUGCAGUUUCAUCUGCUGCUGAUAAGCAUGAAUAAUGUAGCUCUGGACUCACUUCUAUUUCAUCUCUAUCAAGCACUUUAGGUAAUACAAUGGAAAAAUUACUGCAGUGUCAAAAUCUGACACAAGUCUACAUUUCCACUGCUCUACAUUUUAAAAGAAAAUGUUUGGGAGAGCAGAGGCAGUUGUAACAUUUUUAAAUUUUCCUCCUUAACUAAGAGAUUACUUGAAAUACACUCAUCAUCUAUUUAUAUAACAAACAUAAAUAUGCACUCUAAUUAUCAAAGUUAGAGUUGUGUUUUGGCUUAUAGAGACAAAUCAGUUUUCAUCAAUGUUAUUAAAAAAAGUUAUAGUGGUAAAGUUGUAACAAUGAAGAAAUAAGUCAGAAAAACACACUGUACUGUAAAAAACACACCCAGAAAUAUAUGAAUGUAGUAUCAGGGAUCCAACAAUGACGAAAUUGUGUGAAUUCUUCUCAAGUUUAAUUUUGUGUAAAUUCAGGCAAAGCAAAAGCACAUCCGUUUUUGUAUAAAACUGCAGCGUUUCUAUUGAUAACUAGAUUUUAACGGAAUGGAUUGAGUCAAAAAUGUUUUUUUAUCAAGCAAAGUGAUCAGCCAAUGGGUAGAAAACUUGACAUUUUAUUUAGUGCUUAGAAGGAUCCGCGCCUGAAUGGGCUGGUGAAAAGGAAAAUAGUAGUAAAAGUGUUGAAGUGCAAUGUGCAGUAUAUUCAUUCACAUAAUGUUGUAUAUUUCUAAGACUAUGUUAUGUAUGUAGGUCAUAAACACUAACUCAAAUAUUUCAUAGCUGCAUGAAACAUUUCACUUCACACAUAAAUUUGAACAUGUUUGUCAUGGAGCACAAAAAUAUUCCACAAAAUCUAAAAAUAUUUCACAAAAAACACAAAGAUUUUACAAAACAUAAAAUACAGAUGUUUCAUUACACACAAUAUUUUUGCAAAAUUUGGGGGCUUUCAUUACAUAAUUUUCCCUUUAUUGGUUUGAUUAUUUGUGUAUUUGACCUUUUGGGCCACUGUAGUAAUGCAUCAUAUUUCCUUAACCAUACACCAGUUUUAAAAUAAAACAGCAGUUAGUGAUAAUUGUAGAAAAUGGGAGGCAGCAUGAAGGGGAAACACUCAAACAAAAAACAAGAUGAGACAUUUUUCAUAUUUCGGAUCGCUACAUUAAGGCAAUCAUAGUUUUGUCUCUAACUAGUGAAUCUGCAUAUAUUUCAAGAUGUUGUGCAUCCCUGCAAACCAACAAAAUGAGUGUAAACAUAACUGUCUAGAUAAUAUAGCAUGCCAAAAAAGUGGUCUCCUAUGGUCAACUUACCCCCGUGUAUUACAUGUUAACCAAGCUUUGGUCUAAAUACAAUUCUAAUAAAACUUAAGACAGACUAAAUUCACUUUCAAGAGUGAAAAAUAUGUGUUUUUGGAAAUAAAUGUCUAACCCCUUCACCCAUGUGCUUCUAACCUUCACAGACUCCAUGAAUUGAUGCCCAUCUCCUAAACAUUUGGUCACAUGAUCAAUUCCUUUUCCCAUUUCCAAGCAGCAGGGGGUGGCUCAACUUACCCCACUCUCCACUACCACAAAAAUGACACCCGAAAAAUAUUUUAUCAGUACUUCACCGUUCCUUUGACUCAUUUCUGAGAGGUAAAUCGACCUUUGGUUUUCUCUUGAAUCAAUAGCAGAUUUUGAAAAAUUGUUUUCCUAGUAUAGAGAAAAGGUCACGCAUUUUCAUAUCUAUUUUGACCUUAUUUCUCCUCUUUUCCAUGUUCCUUUUGUUACUCUGUGACAGGAAAGUUUACAUAUCCUGGUAAAUGUCUCCACUAUAUAAAAGUUUAUAAAAGAAAAACUCUUCCAAUCAGUGCUGAGAACCAAAUAUGGAAGCUCACAGACAGACUACUCCCUUUAAAUGAAAAUCUAUCCACAAACGUCUUCAUUCUGGUUUUGGGAGACAAAGCAGCUCCUUAUUUCCACAGACAAAGCCUCCCUCUUCUUCCUGUGCUCUACCGCCCCCUGCAGGCCGCCACCAGCUCUGCUACAAUCAGACAUAAUAGGCAGUAGGAGUGGAUGAUCCUGAGCCGAGCAGUCCUCACAAGGAGCCCUCGUGCCGGAGGUGAUACCGCCCUCCUGCUGCCAAACCUCCGCUUCCGACCUGAAACCGGAGUCGGUGUCCGGGGUACCGGAGCGGGAUGCAUCGAUCUGUGUGCUUGUAGAGUGGAUUGUCCUCCAUGCGUCAGCCUCGGGAAUGGAUCAGGAAUCCGGUGUGGCGUCUGCGGGGAGUUUCAUCUCCCUGAACGAGCAUGAGCAGAGGUAUUACUCAGGUCUCCACAGCCUGUGCCAAGCUGACACCUCAGGAAAACUGUCGUCCAGCAAAGUGGCGGAGCUCUUCAAGGCGUCUCAGCUCCCUCCUGAAGCCCUGCAUAAAGUGAGUGUGUGACUGCAACGCACAUCUGCGCCUGCUUGGUCAUCACAUGUUAUCAGGAGUGUGUGUGAGUGAGUGUGUGUGUGUUUGUGUGUGUGAGAGAGCGAGGGGCUGAGAGCUGCGGCUGCUGAUCACCAGACCUCAGCUAUCUGCAGGAUCAGGUCCACAUGACCAGGUGGGGGUCUACACUAAGGGAUAGUAAGAGCCAUGAUGCUGGAUUUGGUGUGUGUGUGAGUGUAUGUGUUCAAAAGGGGGUGUCACACCUCCUGUCUUUAACCCCUCUGUCUCUGAACUCACUGCAUUAGCUGAGCAUGAGUCCAAAAAUAUCCUGUCUCUAGUUUUAACUCAGUUAUUAUCCCCUUUAAGGCAGUGGAAAGAAAAUAAAUAACUGUUAUCAUACUUGACUCAAAUACUGUCUUUUUGGGAGAUUUUUCCCAAAUGUACCACCUUUCAUAAAUGCGCUUCCUUGUGUUUGAGCAGGAUAAGAUUGCAUUAAAACUAAAGAGUACAUUUAAACAAGACUAAGUAUUCUCUGUUUCUAAAAUGGAUCAAAACUAAGGCUAUAGUUGGAAACAAAAAUAUCAGGAAUAGAUUUGCUCACAUAUUAUUAUUGCUGUUGUUUACUACUAUUUUGUCAAAGUUGUGCAGUUGCAUUUUGGAUGAAGCUUAAAGCUUCUGUGGGGAUUUUUUUUUUACAUUCUAAUAGAGUGAAAUUCUUAAAGACGUCAGAGACACCAUCAGUGACAUGACUGAUGUUAUUUAUUUUGUCAUUUUUAGUGCCUGAAACUGUCAGGAGGGGUAGGCAUCAGGCAAGCAGCUGCAGAGACAGACCUGAUUUUACGUUUUCUACUUAAGGUAUUCUCAAUAAUGAUAAACUUGACAGACAAAAGUCAGAUUAAUGAGAUUAUUUUGUCACUUUCUGGAGAGAUAAGGAAAAGUAAAGUCAGGGUACCAACAGUCUAGCAGUCUAAGUGCACCCCAGUUACACAGGCUAUAAUCCUUGUCACAGAGGUGGGUGGUUCGUCUCUUGACUCUGACUCUUUGCUACAUUACUGUCUGUGCUUUCUACUUCUAAUAUUUCCUCUCUCUCUUCAGCUGUCCUUACAAAACAUAACUAUUGAAAAUAGUGUAUGAGUAAAGACUGUAUUGUCAUUACAAACAGAAAGAAGCUUUUUAGCACAACUAGGAUAAUACAAAAUGUACCUUUGCACUGUUUGGUAUACACCUCUCUGUUAUGACAGGUGGUUUGCUGGUAAGUUUAGGUAAAAUAUGACUGUCUAAAAGACUUAAGGGAGAGCAUUUUGAAUCUUCUGUAUUUGUUACCACCUCUUGUCCUGAAACUUUACACACAGCAGCAGUGAAAGCAGCUGUUAAAUAAAACACACAUUGAUUGUGUUAACGUGUAUGAGUAUCCUUUUGAUGUGUGUGCAUGGAAACAUUAUAUCCUGGUUAUAGAAGUGCAGACAUGUCUCCUGAUAUUCCACCUGAAGUUCUUCUGUGGAUCCAAAUACUGCAGCGUCUCAACAUAUUCACUUCGGCUUUCUUGUUAUUCUUCAUUGGUCCAGGGUCAAAAGGCUAGAAAAGUGGUGGGAAAUUAAUACACAAACACACACAGCUGAUACAAGGAUGCUCAUGUGUACAGGCGUAAGAUAACUGGAUGUCUCAUACUUGUAAAUAAUAUAUCCUUGAAAUGAUAAAAAGCCGGCCAAGGCUACAAUGGUGAUUGGUGACUGUGAUAACAUUGUGAACACACUUUCAGCAGCAGAGUUUUUGGGCAAACACACUUAAAUAGACUUGGUGUGAGGUGAUACUGUGAAAACAUUUCUUAACUUUCCACAUGUUAUCAUCACUAAAUGUUUUUUAGACAAGGAUAAUAUUUAGUGCAGUUUUAUUCCACAUCAAGAUGGAUUACACAACCCUUCAUGAAAUUUCUAUCAAAUACCUUUAAAUGUAUGUGAGCCCAUGGCUAACUUGAACUGAAAGAAAAGAAAACCAAAAUGUUUAGUAUUACACAGAAAUGUGAGCUUUUUAUCAUUCAAGGAGCUGGAAGUUGCAAAAACUCUAAAUGGUCCCUAAGUUUUUACUCAUUGUUUUAUGGACGCAAGUCAUGGUAAACUUUCAGUUUAUUUCAAAGGAUAUAUAAAAAGUACUAUAACUGCUGUAUUGAAUUUAUUGAAUCUGCAGGGACAAUUUAGUUUGACAUAUUUCUGUUUCAGCACAUAUAACAAAAGUGUAUUUAAGUCUCCCCCCAUACAGAGGGUCUUCACAUAAUGAUUAUAGUAUAAUUAAAAUCCAGCUUGCAGUGACACCACUCAGUGUGUCCACUUUUUGCUCUCAAAUAUUAAUGAACGUCCUUGGUCCCACUGAAACUGGACUUUUGAAAUGUAAAGGAUGGUGAAUUGCAUGAAUGCAUCGUUAGGAGGCUGGGUGGUAAACUCAACCACUGUAGAUGGUAGAGCUGUACAAGUGACAGUGUUUUCAUUGUCAACAUUGGCCCCCCAGCAGCCUCUUGCUGAUUGGUUUGUUGACUGUUUUGGUACAUAAUUGGUUUACCAGGUGUAACUCAGUUGUAACAAGCUGAAAGGGGGCAUGUCACCACCUACUGUGGGGGAGGCAGACAUGUCUCUAACAAUAAUAUGACUCUUGUCUAUGACAACGACAGCAGUCCAGCAAAAUUGUCUAAAUGAGCUUUAACAGUAGCUUGAUUUAACUGUGCAUGUAAACACACUGACUGGGUGGUUAUGCUAGUUACAUCCAAUUAGGAUUCUAACAUAACCACCUCCUCACUAUACAUCAUUUAACUUCUGACCUGCCGCCAACCAAAGAUGAAAACAUACUGACAUUAAAUAAUGAUUUGAAAAUAAUAUAUUGAAGCCCUUGCAGCACAGAUUAAUUUCACACAAAACAUGUAAUUUCAGGCUCAACUUAAAACAGUGGCUGUUCUAUUUGGUCUUAUUUACUGUAAAGAAAACAUUUCCAAUGGAGGCAACUAUAAUGAAUGAAUACAGUAUGAGAUUUGGAUAAAUGCCACUCUUUAUGUUGCUUUUUUAAAUGUCACUUUUUUUUUUUUUUUACUGUUUUAGAGAAGUAUAUUAACUUUAGUUGUGCAAUAUGCAAUGACAGUAAGGGCAUCUUAUCAUUUUUUUGUUGCCUGCAGUCUGUCUGUACACCUUAAAACAUUAAUGAAACCAUCAUUAGGGUUGUCACUUCUAUCCAAAAUUUGACCUUUCAAUUGAACUUUUGUGGAAAAGUUCACAUUCCAUAAUGAGCCAUUCAAAACUCACAAUGAUAAUGUACCAGCGCAUCAAUCCACCUGACCUUUAUAAAAUCUAUAUAAUGUAUAAACGCAGGACAUGGUCAAACAAAGCGGCACUAAGCUGACAGUCAUGACACACAAACACUCAAGAAGCAGGUGGGAGUAUUUUGGGGAUCUGCACCAUAGAUGAAAGAAAGAAAAAGAUGGGCUAUUUGUCAACUUCGAACAAAGCAUCUGUCUUAUGUUGCCUUCACAAGAACAAGUAAAAUCAUUAUAUUUAUGUGUAUCUGGACAUGCGAAUGUUGUGUAUUUACUCGCUUAAUUUGCGUGUUUGUAUCGCGUCUGCAGACAGCUCAAACACUUAUGUAACUACAAGAGAGGAGAGAAAGUGAGAAGGGGUUUCUACAUGUCAGGUCAGUCUGUUUACAUCAAACAUAGCAGAGGUUGACCAACCUGCGAGAAUCUGUUUAGUUAAAAUAACUUACCAGAUCAUCAGACCUCCUCACUCUCUUUCCUCCAGCUGAGCUAGUCUUUUUACACUUGUCUUGUUGUCACAGACAAGUUGUAUCCUCUGGCUCAGGUGACUGUCUGUCAAACUGUCAAAAUCGGCUAAUCCUCCAUUUUCCAUACGAAUGAAUUUCUGCCGGUGAUUGUUGUUUACAUAUGUCACCAGGGUAUCUCCAUGCUGAUUGGGUAUUGCUGCGGGAACAUUCACUUGAGUUCAGAUAUUUUCAACACUCACGAAUAAGUGUUUAAAGCAAGUAGCACAUUAGACGCGACGCAAAUUUGUGGCACUCACACAUACAAUCCACUCAUUUUGCCCAAAUAGUCUGCUAAAUUAGCGUAAUUCAAGCCGAGUAAUUUGCGUCAUUCUCAUGGGCCAAGUUGAAAGCGUCUUCUCGCAUCUUUACAUUGACUUUACCUGUAAUUCACUUGCGCGAAUGAUUUUACUUGUGCUUUCUGAAAAACUGACAGUAUAAGACAUACUAUUCAUUGAGCCAAUACCCCUGACAAAUAAUGGUCUUAACAUUGUUGCUAUAAUCACUACUGCUCAUGGUUUAAGUUACUUUUUACAGAUCAGCACUUCAUAGAUGCUCUCACCAGCUAUUCUGCUAUUGCACAGAUUGCAGGACAGGAUGUUCCUACCAGGGAUGCAGGGCGUCUUGUAGCUCCUCUGGCUGCUGUCACAUCUGUGCAGGCUAACUUUUAUCAUUUUCCCACUCUGAGAUUAGCCUGAGAUGGAGACUAAUGUUGCUUUCACAGUGUCAACAGGCAGAGGUGAAGUGGCUUGCACUCCUUUUGAUGGAUUACUUUGAUAUCUGAUGUCACAACCAUUGUUAUUUAGGUUUUGACCAAUCAGAAUCAGCAGUGACCUUGACAGCAGUUCUAGUUGAAAACUUGUUGUCUUGUCUCUGGAUGUGAGUCUAAAUGGGAUUUUGCUGACCCAUCUCAGUGAUACAAACAUAUUUUUAAAGCUCUGAUGAACACAGCAGGUUGUCGGUGCAUACUGUCCUGUGGGGUCAGCUCCCGGUGAUCGCAGCCUAUUGUGUGUCUUUGUGGGUCUGUGUGUGUGUCAGGAAGUUUGGCAUUGAGCUCCCCUUCCUUCCUGUCCGGCCUGGAUCUCCGCCACCUCGCUGGGUGAUUGACACACAGCCUUCUGAGCAUGUUUGGCUCUGCUGCAGGAUGUCUGCAGGAUCACUCUUGGACUCAGCGCUGGCUUGUGGGUCAUUGUGUCAAACUUUGUCACUGAAUCAUAAAUGAUGUGUUUCCUCCAUAGAUAUCAUGACACAGAAGUUGUGUUGUGAUCUGACUUAGUUUUCCUGUAAAUACUGUUUGCUUUUUGUGAAAACAAGAUGAAUUUUCCAUCAGGAGCAGUAUGUUCAGGUGUGUUUUGUUUAGUCAUGACCCACCAGGAUCGCCCAGAUUCACAGAGGAAGGAUCUUUAUGUCUGACAUGUUUUGAACUGAUAAGUGGUUGAAGCAAGACACCUCUCUUCCUGCUGUUUGUCAGUCCUCUGGAGAAAACCCCAGCUUCCCACACUCUCCUUUCAUGUCAGUUGUUUUUCUGAUUAAAUGGGCUCAAAGGACAGAAAGUGUCCCUUAUUAUCUGGUGUCAUGUGAACAGGAUAACGGCAACACAUAUUGAGAGACUGUUUUGGUGGACCUUACUGCCUAAAAUUGGAUGAGUGAGUCUUUGAAGUCUCUGCCUGAGUUGUCAGCUGGAAGGCGAUGUCUCUGGUAUGAGCUGAAUUGAGUCACAUGUUCAGUUACUUGGGAAGGUUUGUUGACUGGCUCUGCUUGCUGUAGAACCUGUCUGGUUGAAUCAGGUGUGGCUCUGUUACAGGUAAGACUUUCUGGAACUCAGCUCACCUGGUGUUGCCGCAUACCAGCUUUAAUUGUGCAAUAAACAACAUUAUUUUUAGUCAUGGUGAAAUUGCAUUUUACUAAUGCUUUUUCAUAACCUCCAUAGUUAAAUGAGAUUAUCAGACUGGUGAUCUCUUAAUGCUGGAUUUUAUUCCCUGUUUUCGGCUUGAUUUUUCAAGGAAAAGACAAAUUGAUUCUCGUUACUCGCCCUCAGGUGUCUGUUCAAAACUCUCCUGGUAAAGUUUGGCUGUAAAAAGUAAGUAAUCAAGCAGGAGGAGUUUUUUUUUUCUUUUGCUGAUAGUGGAGCAGAAUUGGCUAAAGGUAUAAUUUUUCUGGUGAAGUAUUGUUAUAGAUCCAGAAACUCUACAAUCGGAGCUUUGCUGAAAAGAGUGACAAAAAAAGCAUUUAACUAUGCAUAUUUACAUGACACUGACAUUAAUUGGGGCAUUAGUUAUAAUUCCUGGGCUGUGACAGGUAACACAAAGCUGGUACUUCACACUUGUUGUGAGCUGAUGGUUACAGUUAAUAAUGACAUAGCAACAAAUCAGUACAUUAUCUCUGCAUCCUGCUAAAAUGUAUAUUGUGUGAAGACAAGUAAAACGAAAAGAAGAUCUGUUGCACGACAAAUGCAGUCUUUGACAUGAGCCCCAUCCUUACUACAGUAGGUGAUGAUGCUCAUAAGAAAUGCAAUCUUUCUCCCAGACUAACACCGCUGGUUUUUCCUAAGGGGGCCACCAAAGUCAACACAACAGGAAAGUUCCUCACAGUGCCUUUGAAUAUCUAAACAACUAUCACAUCUAUUGUCAUGAAAUGUCGCACAGAUAUUUAUGAUCUCCAGGAGAUAACUUUCAUGAUGGCCCGACUUUUUUUCUUGUGCCUAAAACAUUUGAGACUUUAACUCAGAUUAGUCAGUGAUCCUUUCAGUCCAAUUUUUAAGUAUGCUUUCAUUAAUGAGCCUGUCCUGAUGUUACCAAAUUAUGGUUAUUUCCUCCAGAAGAUGUUGCUUAAAAAAGCAAGAAACAGCUUUGUAUGCAGAACACUUUGGAUACAUAGCAAAGAGGACCAUGCUGGUGGCACAACUGUUUACAGCAGACAAUGGUAAACCAAUAAUUAAGUCAGCCUUGUGAAGUUCUGUUUUCACUGAAAAAGAAAUCCUCCUUGAAAGAGUUACACAACUGCAUAGUAACCGCACAUUGCUGAAAGUCACCAUCCAGGAACAUAACUUGAACCGUUUUCCUUUCAGGAGCUCCCCCAAAAAAGACUGUGCUAUGUACAGCUACACAUAUUUCAUAUAUUUAUUUCUUAAUCUUUGCAUUUUCUCAUAAUUUUGUUACCUGCUGGUUUUCAUUGGAGCACGGUUUAACUUGGAUUUUUUUUAAAGAGCUUUAUAAGUUAAUUUUAUUACAGUUUAUAACUGUUUUCACAUAUUUGGUGAAAAAUAGUCAAUUUUUUUCGAAUCAGAUGAUAGUGCAAGCUCCAGUUCCUAGUGUUCUGGUCCCCUAUUGUUCAGACAGAUUUACAACCGGCCUGGUCCUGUUCAAGUUGAGAUGAGUUGACUAAGAUGGGAUCCCCUGAAGCAGUUGUCAAGUGACAAAAUGUGACUUCAGCUGACAUGGAUCAGCCAGUAUUAAAUUUGAACAGAAAAUGACUGUUGUUGGCUACUAUAUCAAGCCACAUCAGACAUCUUUGUAAAAUACUGAACUGUAAGCCAAAUAAAGGUUUGAACUCACUAAAUUACCAAGCUGCUCACUGAGCUGUUAUUUAUUCAUUUGGGGUAAAACAUAUGAUGCAUGUACAUAUUUUUUUUCUUCCUUGAAUUACAGAAAGCUUUUUUUAGAAAGUGUCACUUGAUCUGUUUAACAGGAAACCUGCUGCAAAUUCAAGAGACAAGUCAUUUAUUACUCAUGCCAGUCAGACGAUCAGCAUGUCAACAUGUCUAAUAUGCAAAAUGGGAUUGUUCAUUAUCAACAGGGUGUAUAAUUCAUUAAUAUCCGGGAAGACGCACCAGUGAUGACAUUAUGCCUGCUGAAAUGUUUUUGGCAGUUUUCCAUCCUCCUCAAAUAAUUUCCCCCUCAGGCCACAGAUCCGACCAGCCGGUCUGGUUCCUGAAGGCCUCUGUGAAUUAAUCUCAUCAUUAAUCUGUCUUUGCUGACCUCGGGCGCUCUCGCUGCAGACCUAACCUCUGCUGUGAGCACAGACUCUCACUGGCCCUUAGUUGUUUUGGAUGUCAUCUCGCUGUGAAAGCUGUUGAAUGAAUACAAUACAGGUCAAGCAGAAGUAAUGUCUCAUAAGGCAAUAUGGCAUUUCUGCUCUCCACCCGCCCCUCGACCUCAUUUGACAAUGGGUGUUGACAAAACUCAUGGCAGUCACAUUUCAUACCAAAAAUGUUCUCUAACUCCUCAGCAUUUCCAGAUUUUGUGUGUUUAUGGAAAAAACAUUUCAGUUUAAAGCUCAGUUAAUCCAUUGUAGCCACAAGAAGAGGCUGAGCUUUUUUCUUUUGGGUGAUUUGUCAUCUGACAGCUCCUCUUUUCAUUUUAAAAUGAGUCUACUGGAUUUCUGAGUGUUGCUGGAAAAUGAAGCUUGAUUAUUUUGGCAGUCAUCCCAAUCUUUAUAAUUAUAACUGUAGCACAAAUAAAUGAGCGAGAAAAAAACCAGUCAAAUUAAAGAAAAGAAUGAUGGGCUGAAUGACUAACAACAGCAAAAAAAUGCAGUGUCUGGGAAACGAAAAGAAACCUCCCACCAGGCCUCUCUGUAACUGUGGUGUGUACUUGAAGAUGGUAUGUUAAGCCUUUAAAACCUUAUGUUUCUUAUUUUGAAACUGUUUGAAAAUGUUUUGGGCUAAACAGACUAGUUUAUGUGAGUGAAUGAAGAUAAGAUGUGUUUGUGACUUGGUCUGUCACCUUAUCCAGGCUUUGUGCUUUGUCAUGCUAACACACUUUGGAAUUCCCCUGUAAUGCUUUUUAAGUUCACAUUUUAUUUGGAUGAAUUAAUACAAAAAUAGAUGCAAAACAAGUUUUUACAGGGGGUCUAGCUUAACUAUCAGACUAAGCCAGUAUUUCUUAGUCUCUGUGCAGAGGUAAGCAGUGCUGACAGUUAGCUUAACCGAUACUAACAUUAGACUGUCCAUAUCUGUGAGUUCAGUAAUGAUCUUGUUAGUUUGACCAACACAAAUGAAAGCAUCACUCUCAUGUACAGGGCUAUUGGCUCAAUCAGUACUGUUGAUACAGACCCUCAGACAGAACCAGACUUUCCUUCCAACCUUCCAGUAAGCUAACCUAGCUAGCUAACUGAGCUAGAGUAGUUUGCCCAGUACAAUGCACAAAAUUCUCUCCAUAGCUUCCCAUAAUCAUACCCUGUGUGUUGAAAAAUAUAUAAAAACAUUUUCUCGCUUAUCAGCUACCAAGCCGUUAGCAACUAAAUAAAGUUACAGAUAUUCACCUGUUUUUUAAAGACUCAAAAAAUCACUUCUGUCAUUUAUGGGUUUCUGUAGAUGCCCAAUAACAGCAGUAGCCUCAUUAUAAAUGCUGACAGCUAACUUUUGGCGAACAGCGAAGAGGUGAAAUUGAGGCUUUAUCUUGGCUUACAAACAGCCACUAUUUCCACUUGACAGCCAAAUCAGCUACACUUUUUACAAUGCCAAAAUAUGCAUCACUUUUUGUGUCUAUCUAAUAGCAAUGUAGGACUCAUAGAAAAAUUAGAACCCUGUAGCCUACAUUUUUUUUGUAAAUGUCUCACCUUCAUCCAAAUUAUUGAAUUCAUUAGGCAAACUAUCCAAAAUGGACACGGCAAUAACUUAGGCAAGUCAAAAAUUUAGAGAGGCUUAUUUUAACGUUUCAUAACAUUAUACAAAACAUCCUCAUCUACUUUAAACUACAGGGGAGCUUGUGUUCAUGUUGACACACUUAUAAAAUCAGUAAUAAAUGCUUCUUCUCUGAAGGAACUGCUUUUUUCCCCGAAAUUUUAUUUCAGCUUUAUUUUGAGGAGAUUUUUUCCCCUGUUUUCCUACAUAAUCCUGCUCUUCUUUGCUUCCCAAAGCUGUCAUUGUACAAUUUAUCAGAAGAGUGCUGGAUAAACAGAUCCCACUGUGUCGCUUAUCCCUCACAGACCGUUUUUCCACCAGCUUUAUUCUGUUAGUGGAGCCUGUAAGUCUGCGAUACAUGGUAUCUUGAUCACGGUGUUAAAGAAUCACAUGCCUGAGCUCCUUCAGCUGUCUUGAUUAGGUUUCUGAAAAGUGGAAAACUGUAGGCAUUUUCAUAAAUUAGAUUCUCUGGAGAAGAUGUUGUUGAAGUUUGUGAUACCUUGAGAGGUAUUUUAUGUCCUGUGUGUUUUUCAGGUGACUGAGGCGUGUGGAGCAAAGCGUCUGGGCUACUUCGGCACACCUCAGUUCUACGUGGCCCUGAAGCUGCUGGCGGCUGCUCAAUCCGGUCUGCCCGUCCACCUGGAGAGCGUAACAGCCAGUAAGUCUGCUCCUCAGAGAGGAGGCAUCUUACGAGAGCAAAAGGGGAUCAGGGGAUUAUCUUGGCAUGGCAGGAUUUGGUCUAAUCUGGAUAAAAGGGGAGUCGCGUGGAAAGGGCUAAGUGGGUUUGUCCUUAUUACAAAUGUACAGAAUCAGUCCCAACCUAAACAAAGGAAAGUAAAGUGUUCUCUGCAGAGCUCGCCAGGGAUUAUAAGAAAGAGUGUGUACAGAGUUUCACAUUUUCUGCUGUGUGGUUCAAGUGACUUUUACCUCAGCUGACCAAGAAAUGUAAAAGACACUGAGCCUGAUUAACAGCCUCAGGCAGAGGUAUCAAAGUUCAACAAAUGAGAAGCUUCAGAACAGAGGAGACUUACAAAAGUCUCUUUCUGUAUGUUAGUUCCCUAUUAUGAAGGUUAAUAAAAGGAAAGGCUUUAUAAUUUAGAGAGCAUCCCUGAUCUCACCUUGUAAAGAAGAAUCAACACCAAGCUCUGUGUCUGUCAUCAGAUCUACCUCUGCCCAGAUUUGCUGGGCUGAAGAAUGAACCAGAGAUGAGAUAUCCAGCUGUCCCCCAGAGCAUAGAUGGUCAAGGGACUCCGUGUGGGGUGGCUCUAGGUUCAGCCUCCUGGACCCCUGCAGACCGAAGCGCCUUCAGACACCAGGAGGCCAACAUAGAGAAGAAGGUGAGUUUGUGACAAAGACUAGCUCUCAACCUGUGACUCAGGUUGCAGUCUGUUAAAUCUGCCCUCAGAGUAGCUUUCAGGCUACAUGAGUAGCAGGGAAGUAGCUUCCUUUACUGUCUGUGUGAAAUAAGACUUUUGUCCCCUGAAGGAACCCUGGUCUCCUCCUCGAUCACCAAGCAGUUCACCACCUCGAUCUCCUCUCGCUUACCGCAGCUAUCCAUACGCCAAGCAGAGAAAUGGGGCUGACGCACAUAUGGGUAAGACAGCUACAACUUCCUAUGUUUGUUUCCUUUAAUGCCAGGCUGUUCAGGCCACGGGGAAAUGUGUCUGAUGUGAAGAUGAGUCCUUUUUUUAUUUUCUAUUAUUCAGAUUUUUCAAUGUAUUUUUAUUGUUGAAGCAUUAGCCUGUAAUCCCUGAAAUCUCUUGUAUGAGGAAGUCCAAGGCAAGACAGAAACAUAAUAAAGUUUGUCACAAAAUAUUGAAUGAUAUAAAUAAAACUAACCGUUUCCCACCCAUACAGUGUACUUUACUGUGGCAUAUACAGUAUAAUGUAAUGCCCAUUGCCAUCAUAUUUCUCUUGACUUGUGGCUCUUAGAUGAAGCCUUAUUCUUAAUUACUGCUGUUGCUAAAAGUGCACAAAAUCCCUGUGUGAUGAAUUAUGAAUGAAUUUACAUGAGUUAGUCGAGGUUCACCUGCAUGUCUGACUCCCGCUCACUCUUCUGAACUGUGAUGUUUGAUCCCCCUCUCCUAUCUUUCUCCUCUCCUGCUCUUUUGAUCUGUGAAUCUCUCAUACUCUCAGAUCACAGUUUGGAGGUUGUAAUCAGUUGGAAAUCACUGCGUGUUAGCCCCAGGUUUCCUCUCAGCCUGAGCAUAUGUGUUUUUUUCCUCUAUUUCCAUCCUUCAGUGUAUGAAAGCAAACAUUCCUCUCGGCCAGCCGCUCAGCUUGAGCAGCACUCCUCACCCAGUAACUACGGGACCAAAGCCCCUGUGGAGCACCCCACUAUGGUUCGGGUAAUUUUUUCCUUUUUUGACUUUUUUGACAAAUAAAUGUACAGAAAAUGCUGCCAGAUGCACUAAAGACACUUGGCACUUCUUUAUACCAGUGCUUCAACAACAAGUUUGAUCUGAAAAUUUUGAAAAGUUCCACAGUCCCAAAAAGUGUCCAAACUUUCAAUGGAAAAAAAUCUUUCACAUUUUCAGCAAGUAUCAAGUACCUUUGGGGAUAUUUUGAAAUUUUCCAAAAUAAUUAUUUAGGAAUUUCUUAACAUCUUUUGAGAAUUAACAGUGAUUUCUCAAAAACAAUCUAAAUUUCCAGAAAUUUUUUGUAAAGCCCUGAAAUUUUUUUCAUGAAAGUUUAAAGACAUUUCUUUUUAAGAGUUUUCACAGGAACAUUUUCAGGAAUUUUCAGUGUUGUCUUGAGAACCUCUCAGGCGUUGUCAAGGGACUUUUUGGAAACUUUACAUUUUCAUGAAGCCUUAAAGCUUGUCAUUGAGCUCUCUCAGGAAUUUUAAGUAGAUAUUUAAAAAAAAAACUCUUGGAAAUUUUUCAUGAUUUUUGUUAGAGAUAUAAGUAAGGUUUGGAAAUUCUUCUAGAUUUUCAGAAUUAAAAAUCGAAAAAUUUGAAAAUAUCAGGAGUUGCAACUGAUUUUUUAAAUUGAAACUUCUAAAUGUUUCGAUGAACUGAUUUACAUUUUUUUAAAUUUUUACUUUUUUCUAGAUUUAUUGUAUUUAACUGUUUGGGAAACUUGUGAGGACAUGUCUAGAGGAUGUACAUGAGGCCCAUUCUGUUCGGCAGUUUUUGCAGCAGGGGUUCUCUGUAGGGUAAGCUCAGUGUAACUUGUCUUUGGAUACAUGGGCCUGAUGCGCUUUUUACGCCAUGAGGCAGGGACAGACAGAGGAGGAUACUGAAUUUAUCAGUUUAUGGAGUGAUACCCUAUUUUAUCUAAGAGAAGAGAAGGAGUAGACCUACACCUACAUACCUGAAUGAAUUUGUGUUUAUUGUAGUUAUUUUCUUUAAAAGUUGAUCAAACAAUACAAAGCUGACAUUUAAAAAAACAGAUGAGUUAUUAAGGUUUUGGGUGGAGCGAUUGUUGUGUUUAUCUGUGUUAUAGUUGGUGUUUAUCUUCCCAGGCCUCCUCAUCAGAGAGGCUGGAGCAGCAGGGUACAGCGGACUACUCUGACGAUGACCCCUGGAGGAUCACAGAGGAACAGCUGGAGUAUUACACAAACCAGUUCAAGAGCCUGCAGCCUGACCUUGGGGCUCUAAUUCUGGGUAUGAAACCAUUCACCCCCAGCAAAACAAUUAAAAGAAUCAAAACAUAUGAAUUUCACAUCUUUCUUAGUUUUCUGACUCUUUUCAGGAACCAUUGCAAAGAACUUCUUCACAAAGUCCAAACUCCCAAUACCAGAGCUCUCCCACAUUUGGUAAGUGCUGACUCACAGUGACGUCUGUCCUUUUUCUGAUCUGAGGUCAGUCAGUUUUUAUCACCCAAACACCUCAGUGUGAUCUCUGAGUCACGCAGAGGCCUCCGUUCGAAAGGACAGACCUUCACCUUCAUCUUUAAACAGAAAGUUUCUACAGGAGAGAAAGAUUUGAGCUGGAUUCAGAUUAGAUUUAAAUUGAAGAUAAAUCACAGUAGUCCAUGUGAAUAUAUCAAUAAAGAUGUAGUAAAGGUUUCUUUUCCUCAUAGUCUUAAAAUAAUUGUUUCACAUUUACAAAAAAAAAGUUUCCUUCUUGUCCUUUAGUUUCAUAGAAGUGUCACAGACUGGCUCAACGGCCAAGACAAAUAUGGGAAGGACACAAGAACUAUUUGCAAAAGUUGCUUGUUUAUUGCCAAAAAAGCGAACCAAAUGAAUAGCUAAAUGCCAAAACAGGGAGUGUGUUAGUCAGUCCAGUCAGUGGUGUGAAUGUAGAUGUGAAGUAAACAAAGACAAAAUGAACAUGGGGAGGCUGGGAUGGGUUUGGCAAAAUGAGAGAGAGUGGGCAGCAGCAGUGGGGUUUAACCCUGCCAGGGCCCAGCUCAGGUGAUCCAAAUCAUCAUCAUUAACAUCAUCAUCAGAAGAGUUAACUAGGGACAAAUACUGGUGGUAAAAUGGUAUUCCGACUCUUUUGAAAUUAUUAAAAUUUCUUCAGAAAUCGGUUUUAUCUCUGUAACUCCUUAGUUUGGCCAUUUAUUACCAUAAGUUGUGAUAAGGCUAGCCCCGUUUCUUCCCUUUAGCUGAGCUAGCUUUGCUGGUAAGAAAAUUGUGAACUAAAUUGACCAAGUAAUAAAUUACCUCUUUAAAAUUUGUUCGUUAACAUACUUCUCACAGUUUUUAAACACAAAGGAGUAGAAUUGAGCUUUAUAUAUGCUAAUAUACUUAUUUUGGUGACUUAAAAAGACAAGCUAGCUGUUUGUCUGAUUGUUGAGCCAACAAACUCGGUGGUAGCCUAUUAUAUUUGAUCAACAUGCUACCUUUGCUACGUGCAAAGUUAGAUUUAAAGGCUUUAAAGGUGCAGAUUUUUGCUAUUCUUGAAAAGACAAGUUGUUAAAUUAUUCAGGCUACACACUCAUCUAUACAUUAUAUUUAAAAAUUCAUGUACAAAACUGAGAUAAACAGGUGCUUAUCUUUUUUUGUUGUGGGUUUUUUAAAGUCUUGUUUCUUUGUCAAGCUAAUCUGAUGCUACAGUUCAGCUUAAUAAACCAAAUACUGAAUAAUUUCUUUGAAAGUAGGAAGUUAAGUCUGUUUAAAACCAUCAUAUAUAUUUGAGCCAUCGUAUUAAUUAACAGCCAUGCUAGCUAGCUCUUCUUGUUAUCUUUAUUCUAGCUUGGCUAACAUAAAUAAACGAUCCUUUUAAGUUUAGUUACCACACUUAAAAAUUGUCAAAUUGUCAAGUCUUUUUUUUCUGGUUAUUGAGUUAUUUGGCUCUGUGAGUGUGAACUUUAGAAUAUAAAUAAGUAGAUUUUUGUAAAUCUUUGACUCCCUUUUUCCAGAAAACAAAAGGUUACCAAGAAUAUGACUUUUUUUUUUUUUUACUUCUUUUAAUCAUAAUAUUUUACAGCCUCUCUACAAAGGUUUUACAGAUAUUUAUCACACUUGUCACUGUUUUUAAGGGAGCUGAGUGACGUGGACAGGGACGGCGCUCUCACGUUCUCUGAGUUUUGCACAGCCUUUCACUUGAUUGUUGCUCGUAAGAACGGUUAUCCUCUGCCGGAGACCCUCCCUCCAACCCUUAGACCAGGGUUUACACAGCAGGAAGAGGACAUACCAGAUACACCUGAGGUAUAAAAAGAAAUAAAAAUAAAAACCAACAAUAUCAAAAGUAUGCUUUGAAACAUUCAUUUGAUCAGUGUGGAUGGUAACAGAAUAAAUAUCCUUGUUAUGCAGAGUGCAGGACCUCUUAUCGUCUUUGAGGAUGCUGACCUGAGACCAAAUCAGAUGGUAAAUACAGCCAAGAAAAUAAGUUACUGUGUGCAGUUCCUUGUUUGACCUGUAGGGGGCAGUGAUAAUCUGAUAAUGAGGCUGCUCAAGGCGAUUCUCACCAACACCCUCAGCUUAGACUCUUGAGUUUUUACCUUCUGAACUCACCAAACAAUAAAGAUCACUUCUGUCUUUUCAGGCAGUGACAUUGUGUUACUGUAAAUCAUUAAGCAGAUUGUUCCUCUUACUGUCUGUGCUUGUUUAUUUGUUGAUUGAUUGGUUUGUUUGUUUGUGUCUGUCAAGGAUCGAGGGAUUAGAGAAAGGCUUCAGCCAAGCUUGGCAGCAACACAAGAUUUAGAGGACGAAUCAUGUCAGCAAGGUAAUUUAAAGAUACUAAGCAUAAGCCUUUAUUCAAAUGAUGGGAAAAUGUUUACACUGCAAAAACUCAAAUUUGAGUAUGGGUUUUUUUGGUAUCAUAUGUCUGGUAAAACAAAAAAACAUGUCUCAUAAUGCUUCAUUUCAACCACAAUCACCUUACAAGUCCAGAAAAAAGCAUGUUAUAUUGUGAAAUAAGACUGUUUCAUGGACUUAAAUGAACCCUGAUAAGACUUUUUCUCAACCACAGAUGUGUCAAAGUCAGGAGGUAAGAUUUGGAUUUUCGCAGUGUAUUUUCUUAUUUCAGGAUGUCAGGAUAGCUACAUUUCAGUGUAAUACAAUAAAGUUUAUAACUUAUACAUCUUUCUCUAAUGUAUACAUACAUGCAGAAAAGAUGAGGAAAAUUUCUAGAGCUAUUAUCUUUCCUAAUAAGAACACAAGAAUCACUAAAAUACAUGAUUCACUAAUAAAAUCUACACUAUCAGUUUUUAAUCCAAUAAUUACAAUCAUUCUUAACAUUAUAUGAACAGGUUAAUGUAACGGGGUGUGCACAGACAGUUGUACUCUUUAAGAAACUAUAGUCGGUGCAGUUUAAUUCAGAAGAGAGAAAUGCUUUCUCAAAAAUGAGAUGUCAUAUUUUUACUAACAGUAUUUCGGUAUCAGUCCACCCAGACCUCCUCCAAAACUGCAAAAUGAGUAAUGAGAGAUGUUUUAACCUCAAUAAAAAAGCUGAUAUAUCAGUCUGUGUCUUUAUAACUGUGUUAUAUCAUAUGUUCCAUAGACAUCAGCGUGAAAAAGUCGACCCCAUCUCAGCAGAAACAGACUCUACAACUCUACGCUUUUCCAGAGAGGCCAGGUAAGACAUGUCACUCAACCUCGUGUCAGCAACCUUCAUUACACAAACACAAUUUGGUCUCAUUUGGCCUUUUUCAUGAGUGCCAGUGAAUCGUUAACCAACAGUGUGAUCUUGCUGUCUAACAAUCAGCAUAAAUCCUCACCCAUGAAUAGCCAAAGACCUCCAUUUAAGAAUAUGUGGACAUGUGCUCUCAGAACACCUUUGCUGCGCCCUUUCAUGGUCCGAGCUGCUGUGUGGGCUUCAUUUUUCGCCAGCUCCCGCGGUGUGUAGUUGGUCAGCAAAGUCAUAAAUCAGGGUUCUGGGUUCCUGUUUCCAAAGGAUCAGUCAGGCCUCUAGAUAAAACACAUGAACCAUCGGCCCUUGUGCCAAGACAAGAAUAAAAUAGCGAUGUGCAAAUCCAUGAGUGUCUAUUAUAAUCUGCGCACCAAUCUACACAUAGCGUUUUUUUUCUUAGCUUAGUCCCCGAGGGCGCUGUACACAUGCAGUUAUACAAACAGAGUGUAUUCCUACCAGUAAGCAAGUCAUCUGUGACUGCUCUAUGAGAGCCAACUAUGCUCUGAGGCCCAAUAGGUCACCACUUUCACUUUGUAUCCAUUUGUGCUGUCUUUGGCUGUAACAGCACUGCAGUUUCAAACCAAAGAGUCAAAUCUUUGUUUGAAGGUAACUCAAAUAGAAAUAUACAGGACCCUAAAAGCACGUCAGUACUAAAACAAUCUGUGCAAAUGAACUUUAUUAGAAGUGUCAUUCAAGCUACUUUACACAAGCCUAAUCACAGUGGUUAGUGGUUUCAUAGGGAAGUAGCAGCUUCCCAUUUAAAAAAAAAAAGCCCUGAGGUAUGACGUGUCUUUUUUAACUGACCCCAUCCUUCCCCACAGAGCCGCCUCAUGACCUGGACACACAGACAAGGACGAAGACUAGACCCAGGUGAAAAUCAGGACCUAAAAACACUGAAGUUAAUCAUGAAUACUCUUGCAGUGCCAAUGAUCCUCAUCAUACUUUUGUUUGUCCACCUAUGCGCUCUCACCUGCAGGUCCUACUCCAGCACUUCUAUUGAAGAUGCCAUGAAGAAAGCAGAAGAGCCCCCUACCCCUCCCCCUCGCCCCCAGAAAACUCACUCCAGAGCCUCCUCGCUCGACCUCAAUAAGCUGUUUCAACAGGGAGCUCCAGGUACCAUCAGCAUCCACAGACCACCCCUAUCUCCUCUGUCACAAUGUGUGUUUAGGCUCGAAGCGAGGGCUUCCUGCAGCUGUGGUUAUUGAGUUAUUGUGUUUUGUUGAUGAUGGUUCUUCUUUCAUGAGAGGACAAAAGGGGAAACGGAGAAAUGUGGGUUUUAUUGUUCAGUCUGAAAGGGGAGAGGCUUUCACGAGGUCCAGUCAGCUCAACUUGAUUUAAAAAGGGUGUUUUAUUAGUGGUUUGGGCAUGAAAUUUGACUCUGGAGGGAGAAGAAGCAUAUUACUCUAUUUUAUAGCUCUGUGACUUUUUUCUGGAUUCUAGGGGUUAAAAGUGGAUGGCUGCCCCCUCCUCCAGCUCUCCCUCCCAGACCAUCAGCUGCACAGGUAAGCCUGGUUUGAUUAUCAACACAAACUGCUCACAUAAUAAAAAAAACCCUUUGUUGUGCCUCUGGAGCUGCUUACAGAAACCUGUUGAUUAGCAGGUCCUGUCUUAAGUCUCUGGAAACAGCUUUAAAUAGUCCAAGAAACAAGUAUAAAAAACCACAAGUCAGUUUUUGUUGUAUUAAAAGUGUAUCAAACAAGCAUCCCAACCUCCCGAAUUACUCAUAAACUUUUGUCAAGUUGUUACACAGGAACACCAGGUGAUGUUUGAUAACCAAUCUGAAUGGCUGUCUUUGAUUGUAUCCACACGACUAUUGAUUCUUCAUCAUUUACUGUCUUAGCCUCUCUAGCUUUGCUGACGUAGCCACUUUUCUGACUUAUCUUUCUAGAGGUUUGAUAGUUAAUUAUCAGGGUUUGCUCAACACAAAAAGAGAUUUUAUUUCUUAAAGCUCCUGUGAGAAGUAUUUGAAGUUUACUUAACUACAAUUAAAACAGAUGCCUUUUUAUGAUGUACAAAAGCAAACAAGACCAUAUUGAUCCGAUAUUGGCACAAAAUUGUGCAAGACAAGUUUUGCACUCAGCUACAAUGUCUUUUUUUGGGCUCUGCAUACUGGAUCAAGGCAAGAUUUUAGAUGCAGGCUGAUAUAAUCUGCUGUUUGUUUUUUGCUGAUACUGGACUGAUAUCUGAUUUCAAUAUCGUAUCAGGACAUCCCUUGUCUAAAGGUUUCAAGGGGGGUAGGUGUCAGCCAAGCAGCUGAAGAAACAGCUCUGUUAAAUAAAUUUUAUGUUUGACUGUCCGGAGUCUGCAGGAUGAGAUUUUUCGUUAGGAGAGACUACUUCAGCAUGUGGAGCACAAGACCAGCAAAGACUGCUCUGCCCACAGGGGGUGCCAGAAUCAACACAAACUGAAAGGAGCUGUCGCAGCUUUCACCUUAAUUAAAAUGGUCAUAUCUUAAGGAUCCUCUCUGCUCUGCUUAAGGAAGCUCUUUUUUGUGGAUGUGUUUCAAUCAAUACCUAUUUGUCAUUUAGACCCCAAAAUUACUGCAUGCAGAUGAAUAUAAGGCCUGUGUUAGAGUACCAGUUUCUGGAAUUUAUCUCUUGGACUUCAACUUUUCAGAUUAAUCAGCACAUUUUAUCUUCUCUUCAGGUUCCCCAUUUUAUCAACAUGCCAGAGAAAGCUCCUUCAAGUAAAGUGCAGCAGCCAAACUUCGCAGACUUCAGCCACUUCAGAGAAGAGGUGAGAGUCAAUCUGGUUUUCCCGCUCAGAUCUGUGACAGUAUAGGGUUUGAAGAUGUAAAAAGCAGGAACUCGCAUCACUCUGCAAAAGGGCAAACUCAAAAUUCCUCCACAGACUGCCAGCGGUUUCCACUCUUCGGUUUUCCUUUGGCCCUCUAGCAUGUCCCACCAUAACUUAGUCACUGAGCUUGUGUUUGUCAGGUUUACAGGUCCCUAUUCCAAGACAUGAAUGGGCUUAAAGGUUAUGACAGCAGCAUAGAUCAGACUCUGAGCAAACAAAUAUAUCAAGGAUUUAUUUACAGCUGAGGUGACGCAUUCAUCGACCUUUUAAGCCUUGUUCUGUUUGUCCUUCAUCCGCAUUUACUGGUGUGUUUUAUGAGCUCAUUUGGUUAUGGUCAGUAGGUAGACGUUUCUGCUGUUUAAUGAUUGAACAAUCGUCUGUGUGUUUGAUAGUCUUGAUAAACAUCAGAGGAUAAAGUACAUGAAAGUCAUACUUCAGUGAGAGUAAAGCUAUUACAGCAGAAAAUGACUUCAGUAGAGGUGAAUGUUCACUUUUCUUGAACUAGUGAGGAAAAAAACUUGGUAUCUUCUGAAACAGGUCUUAUUUAAGGGUGAAAAAUAAGAGAAUAAGCAGCGAGUUCCUUCCUUCAUGAUAUCACUGAUAUCAUAUGAUAUGAUGUUGUCACUGAUAUCCAGCUUAACUUCACCUGACCCCAGGAAUAUGCUGCAGAGGCUUGGGCACCAUAUUUAAAACUUUAUCCUUAAAAUCUUCAACUCUGAAAGCUUCAUUUUCUAAAACUAGAUUUUUAGACAAACCUCGUGCAGAUGCUUUUAGAAAACUGGACCAAAGUCCCCCCCUGUAAUCCAGUUUAGAGAAGAAAAGCUCUUCUUUGUAUUUAUUUGACCCGCUCUGGCGGACAGACGACCUGAAGGGUUUCUGUCUGCACAACAUCCCCUUUUCUGACUCCUAUUUGACAAAUGAGAUCUAUUUUAAAAGUCAAAGGUUCCUGCAGCUCCUAAUUUUAUCCAAACAGUUCGACUCAAUCCUCCUUGCCUUAUCUCAGAGGUCAUGUGAUCCCUAAAACCCUUCCUCCAUUAGCUGUAACCUUAUUAGGAUCAUUAUAAUCACUCAGGGUUGAUAUUUAAAGAUCUUCACCUCUUCCAUGUCAUCUUUGCAGUAUCACCAUCCUGUCUCUGCAGAAUGUUUGACUCACUUUUAAUUAAAACCUAGAUGAUCCCUGAGGUGUGUGCAGCCUGUGUGUGUAUUUUUCACUUUGUAAGACAAACUGAAACUCACACCGGUCCAACUCCCUCAGAGACACCAGUGAACUAAAGCUGCUGUUAAAAAUAGCUUCCCUAACAUAAACAUGUCUCUGUGAAGUUAAGGGCGCAUAUUUGAUACCAGAUUUUCCAGGAAACCCUCGGGAGCAGAUCAGCGUGCGGUCAAAGUGAAGGGGAAUUCAGAUCUUGUGUUCGGUUCACAAAAAGGAAAAAGAAGGAACUUUCAGGUAAUCAGAAAGGUUAGAAGGAAGUUAACAGGGAAUUAUUGAGUUCAGCUCUACUGGACUUCAUUUCGCUUCGCUUUUCCUUGCCUAAAAUUUUUACUUUUGUCUUUCUUUAUUUUACUGAACUUCACAACCUUUAGGUUUAAUGGAGCCUUCAGGGAUGUGUAACAGUGGGCACUUUCAUGUAUCUCCAUAUAAUCAGAGAUGCUGGCUUUAGACAACAAGUUUAUUUGGAGUGGAGGAUGCAGAAUGCCAGAUUUAAUGUGUCAGACCACGGGGCAGUUUUCACUUCACCUCAGUCUAAUUCUUUAAUCAUGUUUAUGCUUUGCUCUUUGCACUAACCUGUGUUUGUGAAUACAGCGAUAAACUGUGUGCCCAGAUGAUGGUGUUCAGAGGAGAUUUUGAGCCCAUGCGGUGAUUUCCACGACAGAGAUUACAGACAUCCAGUAUUGGUUUUGGUCCUUUUCUCUUUAAUGCAGAGAUUUUUCCAGAUUCUCUAAAUUUUUUAAUGAUAUUUUGUACUGUAGAUGAUAAAAGCCACGAAUUCCUGGAGACUUUACACUGAGGAACACUAUUAUUAUUGAUUACCUAUUAAUACAAACCUAUUUCAGAUCAACUUGAUUAGACAGGAGAAGUUCCUCUAGGUGGUUUUGAAGCAUUACACAUAUUGUUCUGUGUUUUUGUCCCUGUCCUUACUUUUUUAAGUAUGUUGCUGGCAUCAAAUUUAUUUUUAUUUUUCAUUAAACAAUGCACCUUUUCAGUUUCAACAGUUGAUUUAUUGUCUUUUCACCAUUUUCAAUUAUUCACUGUUGCAUUAACAUAAUUUGCAAACCAUUAAAGUAGUUUUUGUCGACAUUUUACCCCGUAUCCCGCCUUUUUUGGAGUUUGGUUUGUCUUAAGUUCACCGGCCUCUUCAUUUCCCUUCACUUAAAAUUUUCCAGACCACAAACUUUUCCAGUGACCACAGCAGGGUCAGUAAGUGAGGCACAGCAGAGGCAGCCAGGGGUGAUGCAACAUCUUCGUGCUUUAUUUUUGUAAGCACAGUAGAGCUGAAUGCAGGAAUCUGACAGUUCAGUUCUCAUGCACAUCCUCCUGAAAGUCCUGAACAGUUUUUACCAUCUGAAAAAGUAACUGAUUCAGACAAACGGUCAUGUUUGGUUAAAGUUACCUCUCCUUUAUCCUCCUGCUGUGUUUGCAUCUAGAGCUGUAAUAUUCAUAACUCAGGUCAACCCAGUAAGGGGAAGCUUUCAGUAUUUUUAUACCAGUUUAAUGACACCGGUCUUGCAGAUCCAGUCAAGUUAAAUGUCUUUAUGAUGAUGACAGCGACUCUUCCUCCUCACAUAUCUGCAGUGAAACAGCCGUGACCUGCUGCUGGCUGCUGUGGCCACACAUGCUGCUGAUGGAGCUCCUGUGGUUUAUUACCACUGUACCGACUACUGCUUCACUUUAAAUGUUUCCAUGCUGCGGUCGAGCUCCCUGUCUAGUGGCGCUGUGAAUCUCAGGCUCUUCUAUUUGCAUCUGCUUGUAUGCCAGUUGCACUUCUGUGCACAAAGACUGAAUUGGAGGUUCAUGGGCACAGCUUCCAGCAGCUUCAGCCUGUUAAACCCAUCAGGAAAACCCAGCUAUUUAAACUGCCACCGCACUGGAGACUGGAGUAAAAAGGAGAGGAAAAAAAAAAUCUCUUGAUGCAACAUUAACAAAUGGGAAAUGCAUUAAAAGUCUAGAACUGGCUGCCUUGAAAGAAAUGCUCUCUGUCUGAGCUCAAAUUAAGAAAUCGACCUUCAUGUGUAGGUGCUGUCUUCACUCUGUUGCACUGUUAACCUCUCUGAUGAGUUAGAGCAGGUGCUGAUACUUAAUACACAGUGUAUAAAAGAGAAUUAUGGCUCAAAUGGAGAAGGAGAUGCAAGAAAAGCAAAUAAAUCAAUCACAUGCAGAUACCUGAGGAGCACUGGGUGGUGGUCUCUGAUUUAUUGAUGUUCAGGGCACAUUUUGUUCACCACCUAAAGCAUCUCUCUUAUAAUUAUGUCCCCUCUUUAUGAUAUCAACACUCUUAUGAAAUGGUCUUAUGGUUCUUAUUGUGUCUUUCUUUUUGUGUGUUGCAGGAGGAGAGUACUGUGAAACGUGAGGAUCAGGGUCCACACUCUCGCACUGAAGACUUGGCGAACGCCUCCAAACAGGUUGGCCACCCAGACUGUGACAGUCAUGCUGUUUUUAUUUUAUCACUGUCUGUACCCGGUUUAAUUUUUAUUUCUGGAAACUUUCUGUUAGGAUGUGAUCGGAGUUUCUCACAGUCAGGCGCCACAGAAGCCGGUUCGCAGGAAAUACCACCCAGAGAGCCAGAACCUGGAGACAGGACCUCCAUCUGCAGUACCGUUUCUUCCCCAAACUAAACAUGCUCAGAAGUUAGUCAGACUUUUGUCUUGUUCUCAGUUUUUUUAUUUGAUGAAAUGGGAUAGCUGUUGUCAGUUGAUUCUUAUUUUUUAAAAUUUAUGUUCCUACAACCAGCUGACGUCUGAGUAUGUAAGCUGGCCGUGUAUGGAGGGUCCCCUUUACUGUUAGUACCAGUUAAUGUGCGUUUAAGACGGGACAUAAACAAGCCCAGUGUCAUGCAGUAGACUUCUUUGUUUCCUUUUUAUCAUGCAAUCCUUUUUCCUUCAAUAAUACUGCCAAAAAAAUCUCAACUCCUGCUCUGAUAUGAUCAUACAGUGAGGUAUAAAAUCAGACAAUUCUUUGGGUAUCCGAUAACCGCAGCAAUUGGUUUAUCCAUCAUUGUUGUUUUAAAGAAGCAAUCCACCAAAGACAAGGCAGGUUUAUCUGUAUAGCACCAUUCGUACACAAGGCGAUUCAAAAUUUUACAGAUGCAAGGAAAUACAUAAAAAAAUUAAAUUAAAAAAGAGAGAUUAAAACAAUUUAAAAUCAGUGACAUAAAAUGAUUUAAAAUCAAUAGGACAAAUUUAAAAUUCCGUGUUUGCACUGAUCAUUUAUGAAAACCAUUGUUUCCCUUAAAAAUGAAAUAAGUCACAAGCUUUCAGAUCCAGGGCUCCUCAGAUGGUAAUUAGUUUUCUCUUCAUCAAUCUCAGAUGGUAUUAGUUUUCUCUUUGGAGCUCCCUAGGCUUUUACCUGUUUUUCUCAUUUCAUUAGUUAGGUCCCAAUUUGGUCUUUAUUCCCCUUAGAAACACGGAACAGAGGAAGGAUUUGUCAGCUUAAAAUAAAUAAAUAAUUAAAGAUCAUUAAAACUGUUGAAAUUUACAGAACAGCAAAGUACAAGUAUGUGGAAUUGAUGCGAUAGAAAAGCUGCAGUAGACCGAAAUGACAGAAGCAACCUAGCGUUUGUUUUUUUAAUAAAAUGGAGGAGCAAAAUGUUAAAGUUUUUUGUACCCCGCUUGUUAAGCAAAAACAUUAAAUGUAGAAAGAUCUGGGGAAAAAAAUCUGAUUGCCAGAACCAAAUUUCAUGACUUUUAGCAUUCAGAGACGCUCUCACCAGUUCUGCUGCAGGACAUUUUUCUCUACUUUUCUCCACCAGGGGUGUUUGGGGUUAAGCAGCUCCUCAGACUGCUCUCUCAUCUGUGCAGUUAACUAUCAUUAUUGCCACAAAUUUAAUACCAGCCUGAUGUGAACACUCAUGUUUUUGCCACAGUGUCAACAGGCUAAGAAGAACUACUUCACACUCCCCUCUGUAGAUUGAUUGUAUAUGAAGUGUGUGGUCAGGUUACCCCUGGUGUCACUUUUGCUGUUGAGAAAUAGUAACCUUUCUAAUGAGGUUUUGACCAAUCAGAAUCAGGUAUUUGACACAGCCGGGUAAUGAUGUCUUUCAACACUCACUAAUGACUGAAGCACAUGUGCUGCUGUCUCCUCAGCGGCACAUGUGCUUCAGCUCAUUCAGACUGUAGAAAGGUCAGUGACAGAGGUGAUGGCUAAAAAUGCAAAGGUUGACUGAUGUAAAACUUUGAUGUUGCGCUGUCUUUGAGUGAUACUUUUUGUUUUGAAGCCUCUGAGUUUUUUGCCUUGACUUAAGGCAUUUAAAUAAGUAAAAGAAAAGUGAAUGGCUAGGUUUGCAUUCAUCUGCAUAUCCCCUAACCAAAGUAGCUUUUUUCCUCUUUUUUUUAAAAUGUAGAUUUGAUUUAAAGUUGAUUAAAGGUGAAACAUUACUCUCUCAGGCUGCUGUCCAAACAGAAGAGGGAGAUCCAGAUGGCGAUCCGUAAAAAUAAGGAGACCAACGCUGUGCUGACACGCCUCAACAGUGAGCUUCAACAGCAGCUCAAGGUCAGAUUAUCAUUUGUUUCUAAGUGCACCACACACAUCCAGACUGAAGUUUCAUAGUGUUUAAAAGUGCAAUUCAGUUUUAGUUUUGGGAUGGGUGUGGCUAACACUGUCUGCCCUCCUCCUCUAGGAUAGUGAUACUAAAAGUGUAGUGCAAGAAAAUACACAAAACAGUUGCAACAAAAAGUUUUCCAACAUCAAUUUCAACUCAGAAAUCAUGAAGUCAUACUUGUGACAUUAUGUGGAAGUUUAGAUCAAGUAUCAGGAGUUAAAGCUUUAUCUUUAGGUCUGACAAUAAAAAGUUCCUGCUGAUCCAACUUGGUGAAAAGCUCCCAGCUCAUCCGUCAGACCCCCACCCCCACCCCCAAUCACUCAUAGCUGAACUAAUGGGUCAGACUGAGCUGUUUGCGUUGGGGAUCUGCCCGCGGCACACGCUCUCACAUUUGGAACACAUGCUGCAUGCCGGUCAUUCUCCACGCAAACCAUCCAGGAGUGAAGCCCUCACGCUCACAUGCAGCUCCCACAGCUUUCACACAACACAGACAGAGGGAUAUAAAGUAAAGCAAUGCAUGUUUAAUGUCAGGGUGUUCUUAAAAAUCAUGCAGGCUCCAUAAAGUGGUUUGAUUUUUGCUUUCAGGCUUUUAUAGCAGCAUUUUUCUUCACUGUUAAAUCUGCUUAUUCUGCUAAUUCCUCGGAGCAUGUGUGGAAUCCUGCAGAGAAAGGCAUAUGUGUCUUUAUAUAGACCCUGGCCUUGUCUAAAUACCAAAGAGCCUCUGGCAUCCACAACUGUCCUCUUUAAAAUAGUCUCAGCUGGUCAGGCGUCUCGACUACAACAGGGUGUGUGAGAGAGUGAGAGAUCCUGGACUGUUUUCCUGAAAUUGAAGUGACAUUUAAAAAGAGACACUUUAGUACAAGUCUAAGAAAAUUCAACCACCCAUAAAGAUAAAAAAAAAUAAACACUGUGAUAUGCAUUUAGCAUGAAGAAGCUGCAGUGUAUGUUGCACCGUGCAGAACUGUGUUGUAAAACAAUCUUGAACAACAACUAUUUGUACUAAACCAAGAGCUUGUUAACAGUCAGACGACUUAUUUUUAAUAUUUGCCAGAAAAACCCAAAUCUAUGGACUUGAUCAGGGUUGAAUAUGUAUGACAGCGUGGCAGUAGCUCAGGAGGUAGAGCGGUCGUCCAAUAACUGGAAGGUUGGCGGUCUGAUUCCCCCCCAUCCCUAGUCUGUCCUUGGGCAAGACACUUCACCCAGUCUCCGUCAGUCUGCCCCAGGGCAGCGGUGACUACUAAGGUAGUUAUCCAAUGUAAAGCGCUUAAAGGGUCUCUGAUAAAGCGCUAUAAAAUCUGAUGCAUUAUCAUUUAUUUUUAUUAGAAGUUCAGAGCUGUAAAGUUUUUUUAAGGUUCAACAUAAAAGCCCCCGGCCACUUUUAAACCUGUUUGUUGACUGUUUCAUUACGUGAUGUAAUAGUUUAACUGGGAGAUGGACCAAUUGCUACCAGUUGUGAGAAAGCAUAUCACCACUCACCACAGUGAAGGAGAAGGACAGUAGCCUGGUUGAAUUCACUAAUGGAGCUAUGACCACAGCUCAACUGAACUGUUUCCCCUCUUGUCGACCCCAACCACUCUUUUUCUGUUAGCUGUGCUGUUUCUGUGUCACACUCAGGCCUUAACUGAAUCUUGGAAUCUCUCAAGGCAGAGUUUUAGGCCCAAUACAUUUUCCCUUUGCUCUCUCUCACUGUGGGCGUAAUCAUGUAAAAUCAUAACAUUGUAAUGGAUUUUUGAUGCAGAUGGGACAAGUCGUCCUGUACACAGACUUUCUAGUUGUAGAUGAAGGUAAAAGUUUGCAUAAAGGAGGUGACCAGAUUCAGUGGUUUGCAUCCACACAUGCAGCCCACUGGUCAGGGUUAGACAUUUUUCAUGACUUUGUGAUCGAAGCUUCUGUUCACAAUCAUAACAAUAGGUUGCACAAACAGCAAGGUAUUUUUCCAAAGCUUUUAGCCAACAGGACUGUUCAACUGUUCAGCUACCAUAUCAGCUGCUUCACAAACCACCUGAAAGCCAUACUGUUGUUUGACAUUCUUUAUAGCAUUUCAAAAGCUCUUCCUCUGCCUUGGCAUCCACCUGUGGAUCUAAACUCCCCCAAUAAAGUCAGUUCAUUGAGUCCUCGCUCCAUGCUCUGCAGAGCUCUGCAGACUUCACAGGGAGGAGGUCAGAGACUGGACGACAAAUGUACAUAUCCUGCAUUCUCACAGUAAUCCGCCCCAUGUGAGUUGCCUGAUUGGAUUGACUUCAUGACCUUUCCUUUAGGCAACGUCAAGAAACAUUUUUGAUCCUCUUUUAGUGAAAUUCAGAAAAGGUCAAAUCAUUGUUUGCUGUGAAUACUUUCCAAACGGUUUGGUACUCGAUGUAAUGAGCAUUAACCACAAGUUGAGAACUUAUCUUGUUAAAGAUCAUCAUUACCACGGCAGGCUAAGUAAACAGCCCUGAGGUGAGUCUCGUGCUCGGGGUGAUUAAAGGUCAUGUUUUGUGUUUUGGCUGCAGGUGGUUCACCAGGAGAGGGUCACCUUGGAGUCUCAGCUGGAGCUGUUGCGGCCUCUGGCCUCCAUGUGACUGAUCCUGCGGUCUGCCUAGAGUCGGGUUACCCAUGGGAAUACAUCAGUGUCUGCACCCAGUGUAAAUGUUUGAGCCAAGUUACAGAAACCUGUUGUCUUUUGUAAUAAAAACAAAAAGUAAUAUGUAAAGAGGUGAUGGCAGCAGAAGAACACUCCAACAACCAGAUGUUACUCUUGAUUAAUUUUACUGAUAUUUUGCAGGAUUAAACCAUAUUUUCUUAGUUCCUGUAUGAAAUGCAUGUGUAAAAUAUUCAUUCUAACUUAUUUUCUUCUUUGAUUCGGUCAGUUUCUCUCAUCAGUUUGACUCAACUGUUUGUGCUCAUACCCAUAACUCCUGUACAUGUUUGUGUUCUAACUUUGUGAUGGGAACUCAAGAACUCAGUUUGGGUCAGUUUAUGUAUACAGAGCAUUUGGUGAGUAUCCAUGUGUGGUCUAAAGCAAGUCAUGGUGCUACAGUUUCUCAGUCUGUGUACUUUUUUGCACUUAGAAUCUUGAAAAAUGCAUGUUUGCAAAGAAAGAUAUGAGCUGGGUCUAGUUUAGUUUCAGAUUUCAGCCUUUACAUCAAACUUGAUUGUCUGUUGUCAAACACUGAAGAAUGUUGACACUGGAUUUGUAAGAAAUACGAACCUUUUACUUGAAAAAUGUAUGCCACCUUUAACUUGAGCCCUGUCUGAUUGUUGAUUUACUCCUAUACUGUUUCUGCUCUGCAUUGAUGCUCAUACAGUUGGUUUACAAAAAAGCACAACAUUCAUCUUUUUUGCAGGAUAGAUUUCAAAACAGCUGAUGUAGUUUUGGUUUUAUCUAUGCAAAGAAAAGGUGGUUCUGCUGAAGUUUGCUUAAGACCUUAUUUUCAUACAUUCUGAUUGUUUAUGAUGGUAAAUGAAGUGGUUGAAAUCAUGAUGGCAUGCCUAAUACUGCAUGCUUGUAAGCACUGGACUGAAAAUUGAAUCUUAAAAAAUGCACAACUGAUCUCUGGGCUAAAGAGAGUAAUCAGACUAAUCAAUAAAGUUGUCUAUUUUUA